AUGGCCAGUGCAAAGCCCUUCAAAGUCUCAAUCGGCGAGGAUGUCCUCAAAUCAACACAGCAGAAACUCGAAAGCACAAGAUUCCCCGAAGAGAUUGAGCUACCAGCCGAUCAACUCUACAGCUACGGUACACCGGGAUCAGAGGUGAAGCGGCUAGUCCAGUACUGGAAGACUUCAUUUGACUGGCGCACAGUCGAGACACGCAUCAAUGAACUGCCACAAUUCACUGCAGACGUGCACGUUGCAGGUCAAGAGAGCAUUAAUGUUCAUUUCGUGCACAAACGCUCACCCAGGCCAAAUGCUGUGCCUUUCCUCUUCAUCCAUGGCUGGCCUGGCAAUUUCCUUGAAGUGGAGAAGAUUCUACCACUGCUGACGGAGCCAAAGGAUCCAUCUCAGCAGGCCUUCCAUGUCGUUGCUCCGUCACUACCUGGUUUCUGCUUCUCCUCUUCUCCAAAGCAGAAAGGAUUCGACUUGUUCAAGAUUGGUGCCACGCUGAAUCAGCUCAUGGUAGAUUUGGGCUACAAGACGUAUGUUGCUCAAGGUGGUGACUGGGGUUCUCUCAUCUGCCGAGUGCUUGCGCUCAAGCACACCGAUCAUUGCAAAGCGAUUCAUGUCAACAUGUUUCCGACUCCUUCUCCAUCACGCUUCAAUCCUCUCGAGGCAGCCAAGUUCCUGAUGGGCGGAUACAGUAAGCGUGAACUAGAUGACCUGGAAGACACGCAGCGCUUUGUCUCGGGUGGUACGGGUUACUCUGCCAUUCAAGGGACCAAACCACAGACGCUCAAUUUUGGUCUUGUUGAUUCGCCUGUUGGCAUGCUUGCCUGGAUUCGUGAGAAGCUUGAUGCUUGGACAGACAAUUACCCGUGGACAGACGAGGAGAUCAUUACUUGGGUAUUCCUCUACUAUGCGAAUGGCAAAGCAGCAACGCACAUCUACAAGGAAAACAGAGCUUCUGGGAAUCGCGUCGUGUCAUCAUACAUCUCGUUGCCCGUUGGCAUAUCUCUAUUCCCCAAGGAGAUUUACAAAAUGCCUCGAGCAUGGGCCAACAAGUGGGCUAAUAUUGUCUCGUACGAUGUGCACGACAAGGGAGGGCAUUUUGCAGCAACGGAGACACCUGAGGUGCUGGUGGAUGAUUUCAGACAUUUCUUUGCCAAGCUGCAGUCGAGUACGUCCUUCCAGGCGAGUGCGAAGUUCUAG